ACUAAAAAAACCCUUAUUUUGAUCCAACUUAUUUAUUUAUCUAAAACAACGAAUUUUUAAAACGGAGUCAAAUUCGUACAUUUUUCAAAUUUGAAAUUCGAACUAAAUUACCAUCCCUGAAUACAAGGCAUUUACCAUUACUGGGAUCGCGAGCCGUACCCGUAACACAUCAAAACCCAAUACCCCGUACAAAAAAUGGUCCCGGCAGACAGAAACCCGAUUAUAACAAAAACGCCCAACCUAAUUGACAAAAUAGUCCAUCCCAUAAUUCCAUUAUUUCUUCAACCAAACUUAACACGUCUUCUUCCUUCUCCUAACCCCAUAUAAGUCCCCUUAACCCCCCUUUAACUAUUCUUCCCAGAAAACAAAACCAAUUUCAACAUCCCCCCCAAAACCACUCCAACCACCCUCAAAACCACCAUUACCACCCCCAAAACUACCCUCAAAACCACCCCUAAAACCACUCAUUUCAUUUCAAUGGGACACUACAAACUUCCAAAGAGAAUAAUCCUAGUACGACACGGCGAAAGCCAAGGAAACAUCGACACAAAAGCAUACUCAGUAACACCCGAUCACAGCAUCCCUCUUACUUCCGACGGAAUUAACCAAGCUCGUGAAGCUGGGAACUCAAUCCGUCGUUUACUCGACACUUCCUCUUUCUCCGCUGAUGCCGCCGCUGCUUGGAGAGUGUAUUUCUAUGUGUCCCCUUAUGAACGGACUAGAUCCACUCUCCGAGAGAUCGGACGGUCGUUUCCGAGGAGAAGGGUGAUUGGGGUGAGAGAAGAGUGUAGAAUUAGAGAGCAGGAUUUUGGGAAUUUUCAAGUUGAGGAGAGAAUGAUGGCUAUUAAACAAACUAGAGAGAAAUUUGGGAGGUUCUUCUAUCGUUUUCCUGAAGGGGAAUCUGCUGCUGAUGUUUAUGAUCGUAUUUCAAGUUUCAUGGAGUCAUUAUGGAGGGACAUAGACAUGCACCGACUUCAGCAUGACCCUGACCAUGAACUUAACCUUGUAAUUGUAACACACGGUUUAUUAUCACGUGUAUUUUUGAUGAAGUGGUUCAAGUGGACAGUUGAACAGUUUGAGUACCUUAAUAAUCCAGGAAACUGUGAAUAUCGAGUGAUGGAGUUAGGCGAGGGGGGAGAGUACAGCCUGGCUAUCAACCACACAGAGGAAGAGUUACUGGAAUGGGGACUCUCUCCUGAGAUGGUAGCUGACCAGAAGUGGAGGGCCCAUGCUAAGAGGGGUGAAUGGAAUGAAAAAUGCACUUGGUACCUCGAUAGCUUCUUUGAUCAUCUAGAAGAUUCAGACCAUAGUGCAGAUGACGAUUCCAGCCCUUAUUCUGGGAAAGAUGGUCAACUUGGUGGACUAAAAGAGAGCUGCAAUAAUCAUGUUGAAGGUGAAGAACAUAAACCUAUCAAUUGUUGAUCUAUUCCUUUACUAUACUUUGUACAGGCAGGUGCUUCAUUGGUUGCAGAUUCUUUUAUUCAACUAUCAUAUAUAAUCUCAUACAACCUGCUUACCAUGUAUACUAAAUUACUAACUGAAUGGGGUUGAAUAUCGGAUAUUGUCCUUUAUAUAGCCCUUGAUUGUAUUCUUUGUAACAAUUUGCUUCAUUAUAGUGUCCUGUGUUUAGAUUUUAUUUAAAAAUUUCUUGUGUAAUGUCUCAUUGUUGGAGAUUGUAUUUUGAAGAAAAAGAAUUUAAACA